AGCCGGGUUUUAGAUAGAGCUACAGUUUACAGUGCUGUGUUCUGGCCUGACAGGCGAUAAAUCACAUUCACUCUGUUUCUGUAGAAACGCUUCCCUGACCGGUUCAGGCAGUGUAGGCUAACUUACCACUGUCUGGUAGCUGUAGUCAGCGAAUUAGCCAGCAGGCUUACAGCUAGCUGAGAUUAGCUAUCAAGAUGGGGCAUGGACCGGUUGUUGUUAAUGAUUCACUCGUCGAAAUAGACAAAUGGACUGCUUUGUAGAAAUAAUUAGUUGAUUCAGUGCUCCUGCUCUAUGAGUGAGACUGAGUGAAGCCACCAUGCCUUCAGCCAAGGUGCUGAAGAAUACACAGUACAUAGAACUGGGUAGUUAUCAGUACUGGCCCGUUCUUGUUCCCAGAGGAAUACGCCUGUACACCUAUGAGCAGGUGCCGGGAUUUCUGAGGGAAAACCCUUACAUUACGGAUGGAUACAGAGCAUACCUCACGUCUAGACUUUGUAUUAAAAGUCUCUUUAUCCUUUCCAAUGAGACUGUGAACAUUUGGAGCCAUCUGCUAGGUUUCUUCUUGUUCUUCUCACUGGGAGUGUAUGACAUGGUGUCUGUGCUACCAAUGGUUGGAGCCUCCAGGGAGGACUAUGUCAUCUACUCUAUAGGCCUCUUCUGCUUCCAGGUGUGCAUGCUGUGUUCAGUGGGCUAUCACCUGUUCUGCUGCCACCGCUCUGAAAAGACCAGUCGGCGCUGGAUGGCCCUGGACUAUGCUGGAAUCUCUAUUGGAACCUUGGGAUGCUAUGUUCUGGGGGUGUUCUACGCCUUUUACUGCAAUAACUACUGGCGGCAGGUGUACUUGGUCACGGUCCUGGCCAUGACACUGGGAGUGUUCUUUGCCCAGAUACACCCCCAUUACUUGACCAAGAACUGGCAGAAGCUGCGUUCGGUCAUCUUCUGCUCUGUAGCUGGCUACGGCCUCAUCCCUACCUUCCACUGGAUCUGGCUCAGUGGAGGUUUCAGCUCUGCCAUUGUACAGGACUUUGUUCCCAGAGUGCUGAUAAUGUACUUCUUCGCUUCAGCUGCCUUUGUCUUUUAUGUUUCCAAGGUUCCAGAGCGCUACUUCCCAGGUCAGCUGAACUACGUGGGCUCCAGCCACCAGGUCUGGCACGUUCUGGUGGUGCUCCUGUUCUACUGGUGGCAUCAGUCUGCACUAUUCAUCACUAAUUAUCGACACACAUACCCCUGUCCUGACUCACCUCUACAUGCUUAGGGAUUCUUGGGUGUGCCUGAAGAAUCAGCUUUGAAAAGGCAGUGGAACUACAAUAGGAUGAUUCCCUUCUAACACACAAGUGAGCCUCAUUUAAUGCACAGAUUUUCUUGCCCAGUAAUUGUCCUUCACUGUGCAUUUCAGGUAAGCCCCACAUUCAGUCCACUGCUAACACUAAUCAUGACUGCAGGCUGAUUUCUGCACUAUCGAAGCCCAUAGUGAAACCCAAAUUGAGUUACCUACAUCAUAAAUGAUUCUCUUGCUAGCCAUUAUCAGAGUUGUUGUAAAUAUUGUAGAAGUGCCUAGUCAUUUAAUUUGAAAUGCUUUAGUGUUAAGGCGCAUCAUAAGACACUGCAGUGUUGGGGGUGGGGGGAUGAGGAACUCUUAUAGGAAUGACUCAAAGGUUUCCUGCUAGUUAUUUAAAAGCUGGAGGGACUUUCACAGAUUGGAAUCUUAUUUGUGUUCCCACAAGUCAUGAGUGCUUUAGAAAGCCAUUUACAGCUGUUGGCACCUCAGACUUACGGUUGUCAGUGUUUGGCCAGUGUCUGAGAAACUAGAGCAUAGAAUGUCAUUUCUCAGCAAUGAGUAAAUUAAAGAUUUGCAUGGCAGCUCAUUCUCACUGAGCAAUGAUGUUUAGAUUUUUUUUUUCUUCCUUUUUGACUUUAUGAAUCACUCUUGACUGUGGGUUUUUUUUGGUGUUCACAUUUAGUUUAAGGUAUUGUAUAUUAAUUUACUGUUCCACCCAAUUUUUGCUUGUCCAGGUGGAAUGAAGGGGAAAUAUGAACAGCAUGAAAAUGUUUAUACAUUAACAUUUAACGUUUAAAUUUCAAAUGCGGCUUCCUGUACACAGACUACAUGAUGGUAUUCGGAUUUCAUUCAUUGCUAUGCCAGAUGUACCAAAGAUUUUGAUACUGCAACAAGAGACUUUUGAAUACAAACAUAAGGCUACACCCACAAAAACAGUAUACAUUUUCUAUUAUAACUUUUUAAUGUGUAAUUAGUAUUAUUGUUAUGUAGUUUGUAACCCUUGCUUUCAAUAUAAUGUCCAUUAUAGUUUGCAUAAAAUAGUUUAGCGCAGACUUUUUUUUUUGUAGAUCACAAAGUGCAAUGCAAAAUGUCUGUUACAUAAAGUUCACUGGAGCACUAAAGUACUUGUGAUACUAAGAAUAUGAUUGUGGUCUGCUUUGUCUUUGAGAAUUUGUUAAGCUAUAGACACUAGGACCUCAAAAUAGUAAUUUUUGACUCUACUGUGCUGUCUGCCUUCAUAUAUGUUCAUAGAUGCUAUUUACUGCAGUUUUUUAAAUGUACCCAAAAUUGACAUUUUCUUUCAUAUUUUCUGCACAAGUACAAUGUCAUUUUCAUAUUUCUGGCUAUUAUUUAAUCCUGAAUAGCACUGAAUAUUUUAAUUUAUUUUCAAUGUAAAUGUAAAUGUUGAGACCACUAUGUCAGGUUCAUCUCAAAUAACUACUGCCACUUUACAUAAAAUCAUUUUAUAUUCUGUCAA